AUGUCGGGUCUGAAGCAUACUCUGGGUCUUCUGGCUCUGAUGGUAGUUUGCAUCAUAGCUGAAGAGCAGAAGGUUAAAUCCGUCUCUGAAAGGAUUGAGGAAGCCAACAGGAACAUCGUCAGACGUCCUGAUGGGCCCUUUGUGGAGGAUGACAUCGCCUAUGCCUCUGAAAGUGAUAGAAACGCUGACCCCUGCACCUCCCGCGACUGCAAGUGGGACAAGGCCAGUGACGGCCUGGUGUACGUGCCCUACGUCAUCGCAGACCACUACACUUCUCGAGAGCUGGCCAUCAUCGAACGUGGUCUUCAGUCCUUCGACAGUGUCACCUGCAUCCGAUUUGUCCCUCACAGCACUCAAAAAUACUACAUCCACAUCCAGUCACUGGACGGGUGCUUCUCCUAUGUGGGUCGUCAUUUCUAUGUUCAGGAUCUGUCUCUGAAGCGUUCGGGCUGCCUGUACCAUGACAUAGUGCAACAUGAGCUGCUGCACGCUCUGGGCUUCAAACAUGAGCAGUGCCGCUCCGACCGAGACCAGUACAUCCGCAUCCUGUGGGAGAACGUGAUUCCUGGUUGGGAGUACGCCUUCGACAAGAUCAACACUCUGAACCAGGGAACCCUCUAUGACUACAACUCUGUCAUGCAGUACAGCAAGUACGCCUUCUCCAAGAACAACCAGCCCACCAUGAUGCCAAUCCCCAACCCCAAUGUUGAUUUCGGCGUAGCUACCGAGAUGAGCCAGAAUGACAUCGACAGGGUCAACAGACUGUACGACUGCAAAUAG